AUUUCAAACGCAUUCUCUACUCUUCACUUCUCACUUCACUGUAUCUCCCCUUCCCACUUUUUCCUGUUCUCUCUUUCUGACUUUACCCUGAUUUUCUCUCUUCUAGGGUUUCUCCGCCGUAGACGAUCCUCCCUCCGCCAAAAACUCGAGCUCAAUUUCCAUGAGUUGAACUGUAAGGAGAGGAUAGUUAAAAGUAACUAGUCAUGGAUAAAUCUGAGCAGACUCAGCAGCAGCAGCAACAACAACAACAGCAUGUGAUAGGUGUUGCAGCAAGUGCUAGCCAAAUGGCUUAUUCUUCUCACUACCCGACUGCUCCUAUGAUGGCAUCUGGUACACCUGCUGUAGUUGUGCCUUCACCGACGCAGUCUCCAACCGCUUUUUCCAAUUCCCCGCACCAGCUUGCAUACCAGCAAGCGCAACACUUCCAUCACCAGCAACAGCAGCAACAGCAGCAGCAGCUUCAACUGUUCUGGGCAAACCAAAUGCAAGAAAUUGAGCAAACAAUUGACUUUAAGAACCACAGCCUCCCCCUUGCUCGCAUUAAAAAGAUCAUGAAAGCCGAUGAAGAUGUCCGGAUGAUUUCAGCAGAAGCUCCAGUAAUAUUUGCAAAAGCAUGUGAAAUGUUCAUCCUGGAGUUGACUUUGCGAUCUUGGAUCCACACCGAAGAGAACAAGAGGAGAACUCUGCAAAAGAAUGAUAUAGCAGCUGCUAUUUCGAGAAAUGAUGUUUUUGAUUUCUUGGUUGAUAUCAUUCCAAGAGAUGAGUUGAAAGAGGAGGGACUCGGAAUAGCAAAGGCUACUAUUCCAAUAGUGGGUUCUCCGGCUGAUAUGCCAUAUUAUUAUGUCUCUCCGCAGCACCCUGUAGGGCCUCCAGGGAUGAUAAUGGGAAAGCCAGUUGAUCAAGCAGCACUGUAUUCCACACAGCAGCCUCGAGCUCCGAUGGCUUUCAUGCCAUGGCCGCAGGCGCCCUCGCAACAGCAGCCACCCCAACAGGAACAAACAGACUCUUGAACAUCGAUAUGACUAUGGGCAAUUCAAUUAGGUUGGAAAGUAGGAUGCAUGUUUUGUUAUUAGCAAAUUAACUGAAUGCCCCUUGGUAAGCCUUAGUUUAGUUUUCAAUGCAUUGAAAAAUUGCCAAAGAUUGAUUGUUUGAGGUUCUUGCACGUAUCUGUGGUUGUAUGAGCUCAUACUUUGAGUUAUCUCUAUUGCUGUGUUUACUUUCAUGUAUUGUUUUCUGGUAGUUAUAUUAGUUUGCAGUUUCGCAUAAAGCUUAGCUACUUAUGAAGUUUGAAAUUGUUAAACAGGUUCUUAUUCUUAUGUUGCGAAUGUCAAGGUUGAAUUCGGUACUCUAUUGGCCUAUUCCAUUAUAAUAAUUUUUUGGUUCA